GGUUUUAGUUUUUGUAUUUUACGUAAACUGGCGGUUGAAUUACUGGAACCGACGAGGGUUGUAUCAGCUGAACCCAGAAUUCUUUUUUGGAAACACCAGAACAGAUCUGUUUGGUCGCACAUCAAAAUUCGAGGUUUUUGUGCAAAGAUACAGGCAUCUAAAAUCGUUAAAUCAAAAACACGGUGGUAUGUACUGCUUUACCGAUCCCUGGUAUCUUCCUGUGGACUUGAAGCUCAUCAAGAGCAUUUUUCAAAAAGAUUUUUCUUACUUUAAUGAUCACGGAAUGUAUUGUCAUCCAAAAGAUAACAUAAGUAUGAACCUGUUUAACUUAGUUAAUGAAGAUUGGAAAAAUCUCAGAGCUAAACUCACCCCGUUGUUUUCUUCUUCAAAAUUGAAGAGUAUGUUUCAGAUUUUUGUUGAUAAAGCUGAGGUUUUAGAAGAAGUAAUAGGUUCUUAUUCGUCCAGGAACGAACCGCUGAAUAUUGAAGAUGUAGCUAGUAGAUUCACUAUUGAUGUGAUAACAAGCUGUGGGUUUGGAAUUGAAACAAAUGCGCUGAAAAAUUCAAACAAAGAAUUUAUGAAAUGUGGCGUAGAAACAUUCAAUCCGAGAUUAUUGAAGUUUGUCCUUAUGGAAGUUGUUCCUAGUGGGAUUCUAGCAAAUCUAGGAUUCAAAGCAAAUGGAGCACACACUAAUAAUCUCUUUAACAACUUGAUAAGUGAGGUCAUUCAGUACAGAGAAACAAACAAGGUUUUCAGAAAUGAUUUUCUGCAAUUAUUGCUGGAAUUGAAGCAAAACCAGGAAAUGACUGACGACCAAAUAAUUGCUCAGUGUUUCGGAUUUUUUGCUGCUGGAUUUGAAACAACUAGCAUUACUGUGAUGUUUGCCAUGUUGGAAUUAGCACUGAAUCAGGAAAUUCAAAAUAAACUACGAGAUAAAAUAGAAGAAGUUUUGGAAAAAUAUGAUGGAAAUGUUUGUUAUGAUGCCGUGAUGGAGAUGAAUUACCUGGAUAAAGUUUUGAAUGAGACAUUAAGAAAAUAUCCACCAGGUCCAAUUAUACCUAGAAACUGCACCAAAACAUACAGGGUCCCAGAGACCGACGUAAUAAUAGAAAAAGGGACUAGAGUAAUCAUUCCCAUCUGGGGACUUCACAGAGAUCCGGAAUUUUAUCCUGAUCCAGAACAAUUUAAUCCGGAAAAUUUUAAUGCUGAAAACAAGGCGAACAGACCGGAUAUGGCUUUCAUUCCUUUUGGAGAAGGACCAAGAAUGUGUAUAGGACUACGGUUUGGGCUUCUUGAAACGAAAUUGGCUCUGAUAAAAUUACUAAAGAAUUUUAAAUACACUCUGAAUGGCAGAACCAAAGUCCCUAUAGAGAUAGACCCUGAAGCUAUAUUCACACUUAAAAUAAAAGAAGAUGUUUGGCUCGAUGUCACUAAAAUUUGA